GCCGCUGGUAGGCGGAGCUCGCAAGGGAGUUCGAAAGUGGGCGCGGGCUCCCUGGUGCCUUCGUCUGGACGCGCCGUAGUAUGACCCAGUCGGUGGUCGUACAGGUGGGCCAGUGCGGAAACCAGAUCGGCUGCUGCUUCUGGGAUCUGGCGCUGAGGGAGCAUGCCGCGGUCAACCAGAAAGGAAUUUAUGAUGAGGCAUUAAGCAGCUUCUUUAGAAAUGUGGAUACCAGAGUGGUUGGUGAUGGUGGCAGUAUUUCCAAGGGGAAAAUUUGUACUUUGAAAGCACGAGCUGUCUUGAUUGACAUGGAGGAAGGGGUAGUAAAUGAAAUUCUGCAGGGACCAUUGAGAGAUGUGUUUGAUAGCAAGCAGCUCAUCACUGAUAUUUCUGGCUCGGGGAAUAACUGGGCUGUGGGGCACAAAGUUUUUGGCAAUCUUUAUCAAGAACAGAUUUUAGAGAAACUCCGAAAGUCGGCAGAGCACUGUGAUUGUUUGCAGUGUUUUUUUAUAAUACAUUCCAUGGGAGGAGGCACAGGAUCUGGACUUGGCACAUUUCUUUUAAAGAUGCUUAAGGAUGAAUUCCCAGAAGUAUACAGAUUCGUGACUUCAGUUUAUCCUUCUGGUGAGGAUGAUGUCAUAACCUCACCUUACAAUAGCAUCUUGGCAAUGAAGGAACUCAACGAGCAUGCAGACUGUGUGUUGCCCAUUGAUAACCAAUCUUUAUUUGACAUCAUUAGCAAAAUUGACCUGAUGGUGAAUUCUGGAAAGUUGGGCACAACUAUAAAGCCAAAGAGUCUGGUUACUUCAAGUGCUGGGGCUGUUAAGAAACGGCACCAGAAGCCCUUUGAUGCAAUGAACAACAUUGUGGCCAAUUUGCUGCUGAACCUAACAAGCUCUGCAAGGUUUGAAGGGUCCCUUAACAUGGACCUUAAUGAAAUCAGCAUGAAUUUAGUUCCUUUUCCACAACUGCAUUAUCUUGUGUCAAGCCUAACACCUCUCUAUACACUGGCAGAUGUUAACAUUCCUACCCGAAGGUUGGAUCAGAUGUUUUCAGAUGCCUUUAGUAAAGAUCACCAGCUAAUUCGGGCCGACCCCAAACAUAGUCUGUACCUCGCCUGUGCCCUUAUGGUUAGAGGAAAUGUACAGGUUUCAGAUCUUCGCAGAAAUAUUGAAAGAUUAAAACCUUCUCUACAGUUUGUCUCCUGGAACCAAGAAGGCUGGAAGACCAGCCUGUGUUCAGUACCUCCUGUGGGUCAUUCCCAUUCAUUAUUAGCUCUAGCAAAUAACACAUGUGUGAAGCCUACCUUCAUGGAACUGAGAGAGAGAUUCAUGAGGCUGUACAAGAAAAAGGCUCACCUUCAUCACUAUCUACAAAUUGAAGGGAUGGAAGAAAGCUGUUUCAUGGAAGCUCUUUCAUCUUUAUCGGGGCUCAUAGAGGAAUAUAACCAACUGGAUGCCACGAAAAGCAUGCCUGUGGAAGAUUUUCCCAGACUAAGCGUAGCUAUGUGAAAAAGAAACCCCAAGAUACAACUUUGAUUUUGUCAUCUUUUCUUUCAGUUUCAGAAUUUUUGUAAUUCAGAAAAUCCAAUUUGCACUUUUCCUAUUAGAAAGCACUUUUGUCGUUUAAAAAAAAAAAAAGUGAUUUUCAUUUCAUCACAAUUUGUGGAUGAUAACCAGUCUGUGAAAUUAGUGAAGUCCUACUACCUCAACUUCAAACAUUUGUCUUCAGAAAAUUCCCCUUUUCCAAUAUGAGAAAACAGAAUUCUUCAGUAUUUUAAUUUAUAUUCUCAUAUUUAGGCACUUAAAUACAGUGAUAAUCAGGUCUUCAAUAAAGAUCUUACAAGGUAUAUUUUUAUAUUUAUUUAUAAUUUAUUUUUUCAUAUUCUGUUUAAAUUCUAAUUUUUUUAAAAGCAAGUACGAGGAGUAGUAGAACACAAUAUAAAUACAUCUAUGUAGUACCCACUAACUUUUCAGGGAUAGGUUUUAUUACAUCUCUAAAGGAGGUUUUGGUUUCUUCUUUGGGUAACCACAUGUUUGCACUCAAAGAAUCCAAAUUUACAUUUAUUUUAACAUGUAUAUGUAUUAAAUUAUCUUUAACUAUAAUGCUUUUUUAUUAAAACAGUUGAUUUCAUAAUAAAUGUCUAUUUUUUAAACAGUA